UUGGAAUACGCCAAACAAUUCCGCCAGAAUUAAAUCUGAUAUGUUUGCCUUCCUGAAUUACGAACUCAAACCGCGCCCUGUUCCCCGUGUUCCUCAGGUUAAUAUCUUGAUUUGACGACAGCAAAACCGGCCCACAGAAUUGCGUGUGCAUCUGGUACACAACUGGUUGGAUAGCGCUUAAUCACAUGCGGGCAUUAUUACGCGCUGCAUUGGGAAUCGAGCUGUCUGUCAUGCUUUGACCGUGUUGCACUUGCAGACAUUUCAGUUACUCCGUAUAACGGUCUCACGACGAACCUGUGCGGUGAGCUCAGCUCCGCGUGACCGCGUGUCGUGACGUGACAUCACAGGCGCCAUGGAAGACUCGAUCGAGGUCAUCCUCCAGGAUCACAGCGCCAAGUACCUGCACCGUUACCCGGACAACCACGCGCUCGCUGCCGGAUCGGGCGCGCUGCUGGCCGGUUGCUAUGGGCUGUGGGCGAUGUUCGUCCUCCCGGGCUUCCGGAGGGUGCCUCUGAGGCUGAAGGUACCCUACUUGCUUUUGAGCGUGGAACAGACUGCAAAUGUCAUGAAACUUCUGCAGGGACGGCAGGGCGCUCUGGCUGACCUGGGAUCAGGCGAUGGAAGACUGGUGCUGGCGGCGUGCUCCCAGGGGUUCCGCUGCACCGGGUUCGAGGUGAACCCCGUCCUGCUCGCCUACUCCCGAGCCAGGGCUCGCUGGAGCGGGGUCCCCGCCGGCCACGCCCGCUUCGUCAACCAGGACUUCUGGAAGACGGAUCUUUCCGGGUACAGCAACGUGACGGCGUUUUUGGCCCCUGGAGUGAUGCAGGUGCUGGAGGAGAAGCUCCUGGCGGAGCUCCCUGAUGACGGGCGGGUCAUCGCCUGCCGCUUCCCCUUCCCGCGCUGGACCCCCUCCCGCACGGAGGGCUCCGGGCUCGACCAGGUCUGGGCCUAUGACGUCAUCGCCGUCCGCAAGCCCCGCCCCCAAAACCCUGCCGCCUGAACCCGUCGCAGAAAAACCCGGCACCAGUGAAAACAAACGCUCAGCUACGGUGAUGUGCCUGCUGGAGAAUUAAUUACACAUUUGUUCGUACUGGAUGAUGCUGCAUCAAAGUUUGUUUUCUUCCACAUGUGUAAAAGCUUUCUUUUUUUUUACUUUUCUUGGCAUACCAUUUUAUAAACAUUUUCACACAGUACAGCUUUAAUUUCUGUACAUGUUAAGAUCUAUAAACAGGAUAUUUUACAGUUAUAUUUACCAAACUCCAGUAAAUUAUAUGUUCAAUGUUGAGUGAAAACCUAGAAAUAAAAAUAAUCCUUCUGACUGAAGAUGUGCUAAACAUCUGUCUGACAUUCAGAACAAAAAUAAAUACAUAUUUGCAA